AUGGCAGGCGGAAGCUUCGAUCUAGUAGCCCUCGGCAACCCUCUUCUGGAUAUGCAGAUCCGUAACGGAGAAGCUAUGCUUGAAAAAUACAAUCUCAAACCCAACGAUGCCGUCCUGGCCGACGAAAAGCAACUUUCCAUCUACAAAGACAUCGUCGACAACUACAAUGUAACCUACGUUGCCGGUGGAGCCGCUCAAAACGCCGCUCGAUGUGCUCAAUACGUUCUCCCACCCAACUCCACCGCUUACCUCGGUUGUGUUGGUAAAGAUGAUCUCGCUAAACAGCUCCAGGCAGCUAACGACAAGGAAGGGCUCAAGUCGAUCUAUCAGUUCUCCGACGAUCAGCCUACGGGUUCUUGUGCAGUGGUCAUCACAGGACACAACCGUUCUUUGUGCACUAACUUGGGUGCUGCCGAAAAGUUCUCCAAGUCUCAUUUGGAGACCGAGGAGGCACAGAAGGCGAUUAAGAAUGCUAGAUUCUUCUACCUCGGUGGAUUCUUCCUCACUCAUGGAGUCGAGUCUGCUCUUGUUCUGGCCAAAGAGGCCAAGGAAAGGCAUGUCUCUUUCACAAUGAACCUUUCUGCUCCUUUUAUUCCCCAAUUCUUCACUUCCCAAGUCGACCAGAUCGUCCCCUACGCCGAUGUUAUCUUCGGAAACGAAACCGAGGCUGAAGCUUGGGCUACCGCUCACAAUCUCGAAUCGAAGGAUCUUAAAGUCAUCGCUCAAGCCAUUGCAGACUUCGACGCUGCCACUGCUAAAGCUGAAAAGCGAGUUGUGAUCAUCACCAACGGUUCGCAGCCCACCAUCCUCGCUAAGAAGGGCGAGAAGGAACAGUUUGUCCACGAAACUCCUAAAAUCAACCCUGCUGAUAUCGUCGACACCAACGGCGCUGGUGAUGCUUUCGCCGGCGGUGUCAUCGGCGCCCUCGUCCUGGGUAAGAGUGUCGAGGAAGCCAUCAAUGUAGGUCACAAGUUGGGUGGAAUGUGCAUCGGCCAAGUUGGUCCCAUUUUGAAAUUCCCCAAGGAGAACGUUGUUUAA